AUGUCAAAGAUCCGCAUGUCAACGAUCCGCAGAGCACUGUACCGUUUAUUACUGGCCAAUCGUGCGCUGUGGAGCCUCCUCCCAUCCAACGAUCUGCGCCGAGGCGAUGCAGGGGCGAAGACCCUGGCCGCGGCCGUCUCGAGCGUCACGAAGAUGGAGGAGGUGUCCCUGAACCUGGAGAUGUGUGACCUAGGCGCGGAGGGUGCCGGUGCCCUCGCCAGCUCCAUCGGCAUGCUGGAGAAGAUGCAGAAGCUCAGCCUGAACCUGAAGGGCAACAAACUCUGCCCAGGGCCGAGAUCGUUUCCGGCAUUUUUCAGUUUUCGGUUCGGAAGAGCGCGGCGAGCGAUGAGCACAUGUCCGAAAGGCCUCUUCGUGACAUGA